CCAACAUUCAAACGCAAUUAAUCAUAUAGCACUGGAGUAUACAUGUGUUCACAAAUUGUAAAUACAUUUGCACAAAUAAAAUAUGAAUGGAAUAUCUAAAACACAAAUGUAGUAAACAGGUACAUACAUGAACUUUUGAUCAAGUCACAGCGAGAAAUACGAAGAUAUGCAGGUAGUAGAAAAAUGUGAUCCUUGUAUGAUACUGAAAAAAACAUCAUUUGCAAAACACAUUUGUGUCGCCUGCGAAGAGAAAUUAUGUGAAGAGUGUGUGAAGGACCAUGCGAGAAGAAAAGCUACUGCAUUCCACACACCGAUUGCAAUUCCUAAUACAACGGAGUGUCCAGGAAAACCUAGACCCUUAGACAUACUUUCUGAUAAUAUCACUUUAUCGUGGGAGCCACCGUUAGUUUUCGGAGAUGAUGACUAUUAUCAGAUCAGCUACAAGGAAAUUGGCUGUGACAGAAGAUGGAGAUAUUUUCCUGGCGAAUACAAGGAAACAACCGCUACAUUGUCAAAAUUGAAAUCUAAUGCCUCUUUCGUCUUUCGUGAUAGAGCUGUAUAUUUAGAUAGAGAGGGACCUUACAGCGCAGAGAGCGAUGCUUUGACUACAUGUCAGUCUCCUGCAUUUCGUUUUGCAACCGUUUCCACAAACGAAUUGAAUGCUGACUCCUCUCCAACAAUAUUUCCAGUACCCGUGACCGAGACAACGUCAGAAAGGCAUAAAGCCGGGAAAAUACGGACAUUUGAAAUUGGUGAACCUCUAGUAAGGAUAGACAAGUCUAAAACAAUUAUACUGGUUGGAGCUACGGGAAGUGGUAAGAGUACUCUCGUUGACGGAUUAAUCAACUAUGUGCUAGGCGUUAAUUGGGACGAUACAUACAGGUUUACCGUUAAAGUUGUUACUAAAGGGGACGCAGAGAGAAGGGAAAACAAGGCCUUAAGCCAGGAAGACUGGAUAACAUGUUAUACACUUAAUCCCGAAAAUGGUAGUCGCCUUAGCUAUCAACUAAAUAUAAUAGACACCCCUGGAUUCGGUGAUAUACGUGGUAUGGAAAGAGAUCAAGCAAUGGUCGAUCAAGUGCGAAUAUUGUUUUCCGAGGAAAAACCGGAAGGUAUCUCAAAUAUUGACGCUGUCUGCUUUCUUUUAAAAGCACCUGAUGCUAGGCUAACUUUACCUCAGAUGUAUAUAUUUCAGUCAGUGAUGUCACUUUUCGGUAAUGAUGUAGAAAGGAAUAUAUGUUCUUUAAUUACGUUUGCCGAUGGGAAAGAGCCACCAGUAUUGGCUGCAAUGAAAGCAUCCGGACUGCCAUUCGGUUGUACGUUCGCUUUUAAUAACUGUGCCCUUUACGCAAAAAAUGUAAAGUUAAGUAAUGCAAGUUUGUCGCCAAUGUUCUGGGAUAUAAGUGUUUCAGGUUUCCGUAGUUUCUUUGAAUACCUGGACGGAGUCGAAAGCUGCAGUCUUGAAAAAACUAGAGAUGUUCUGCGUGAGCGGUCAAAAUUAGAUGCUGUUGCCAAGAAACUACAGCCGCUUAUUGACUCCGGGCUUUUGAAAACAGGCCGCCUACGUCAAGAACAAAACGAAAUAUCAGAAACCAGGCGUUCACUUGAGCGUAACAAAAACUUUGAAAUUGAGGUCACAGAAGAACAACAAAGAAAGCGGGAUUUGCCGAGGGGACAGUAUGUAACAAAUUGUCUACACUGUAACAUAUCGUGCCAUGUCAAUUGCACAUGUUCUAUUGCGGAUAAGGCUAAAUGUAGUGUUAUGAAUGCUUAUGGCUAUUGUAAUUUUUGUCCUGGUAAAUGCCAUUGGCAACAUCAUGCUACUACUCCAUAUAUAUUUGAAAGGGUUACUGUAAAGGUGAAGAAAACGUAUCCUGAAAUGCAACAAAAAUAUUUUGAACAAACUCAAAGACUGUGUUCGCAAGAAAUUCUCGUCAAGAAUCUUAAACAAGAACUGAACGAUAUAUUUGAUAACUCACAAGGUCUGAUGGCUGAAUUUCAAAAAUGUACGAACAGACUAAAAGAAAUAGCUUUGCAAGGAAACCCUUUCGUGAUGUUAGAAGAGCAUUUAGAUGUAUUACUUGAAAAUGAGAAAUUAGAAAGAAAAGAGGGUUUUAUGCAGAGAAUAUCACUUUUAAAGGAAAUGCAGAAAAGAGCAUGCAUGCUUCAGUAUUUCGAACAGUUUCAAGAAGAGUCAAAAAAGUUGUAGUUACACUGUUGAAUGGCAUGGACGUUUAUUUCAGUUUGAAAGAAAAUCAUGUGCGUGCAAAGGAACAAAAGUUAUGAUCUAUCAUUCAAUCGUAUCAGAAAAAUUACUUUAUUUUAGUAAAAGGUAUUAAGAUCUACGAGGGAGUUCAAUAAAUACCCAGAAAGGUUCUCUCAUUUCUUUAUGUGUCAUGAUAGAUCUAUAAAACUGUUAUGUAAUGUAAAUAAGGGAAUUUUUAGUCAUAUUGUCUUGGACAAAUGGUAGAUAAAUGUUAGUCAACGUGUCAAUGUCAUUUGACGCUCUCCGGCCCAAUUUUCUCUUUUUUAUUUUGCAUUCGCUAAAACAUUACUCGCCAUUUGCUAUUUUUUCACGUUACAUGUUUUAAAGACAGUGAAUAUUUUCGUGAACUGUAAGCAUUUCGCCAAUAACGUCAAAUUUUAAACUUUAAGAUGACACUAUUAAAGUAUUUGGCAGGUAUGUUGUUUUGGCCAUCGCCUGAAAAUCAGUGUAUAACGAAGAUAUGCGAUAACAUUGUGUGUUUUAAAUCAAAUAUCAAGGAAAGAGACAUAAGGUUUAAGUGGCAAUGACCUGCAUAAAACAAUAUAUUAGAGGUAUGGGUAGGGUCAAAAGUGGCCAGGAGAAAAUCGCUGACGGCUCAGGAUUCAGAUGUCAGAGGGCAAUAACGAAGUUAAACCGCCCCUUGAUAUGUAUCGGUGCAUCAUAAUUCAGUGUCCCGCUUCAUCAAAACCACAGAAAUAUUAUAUGAACAGUUCUUACAUGUAUUUUUACUUGUUACAUGUACAUCGUUGUAUUUGUUUAUCGAAUGCAUUCUGUGAAACAAUUAUACUAUAUGUAUUAGAUUUGUUUGAUAUUACAGUGGCUUAGAAAAAGUAAAUAAAUAUGUUCAUAUUC